AUGUUGAAGUUUUGGUUGAAACAAUUUUCACCGGUUCCCUUUCUCUUAUUAUUGCUACUUUCUCAUUCCUUUCGUGCGUUCUCCCAACAAAUACCACUUUCUCUGUCAUCUGACUUGAACGAAAAGAAAUACUUUACCUUAAAACAGGUUCUUCACCACGGUGGAAUUAUUAGUUCCGGAAAAACUUUAUUUCGUAAAUUAGAAAUUGAAAAGGAUGGGAAUUUGGUUUUCGGGGGAGACAGCCUUUCUGGCAAUGGUCCAUCCGGUGAAUACGUUGUUAAUUUUCUUGGGGAACCACGAGAGAACGGAUUUGGAGUAAAAAACAUUGAAAGAAGAUUCCCGGUCCCUAAUCACAAAGACGUAUAUUCAAUACUUAGUUUGGCUAAAAUGUCUUACAACGCAUAUAUUGGAAUAUCAGGCCCGUACGAAUGGGUAGAUUUAGAAGAUGUGGAUUACGAAAAUAUUCCAUUCGGCUGGGAAGAAGUUGGACUAAGGGGUUACAUAUUCACUGAUCCUGGGAAUUCUACGGUGAUCAUCGCCUUCAAAGGAACCAGCUUGAAAUAUAUUUACAGAGAUGGUGAGACCGCUCCCAAUGAUAAAUAUAAUGCAAGUUUUACUAUGCUAUUGCGUUAUAUCGACUUUAUUCGGAAAGGAAUAUGCGAUUGUAAGAGGGGCAAAUUGAGAUGCGAUGGUCAGUGUGUUCUAAGAGAAUCCAAGAGGCCAGAUAGCUAUUUUGAAAGUAGUUUGUAUAACGUACCAGCAAUAGUAUUUCAAACGCCUGGCGAAAUGUUGUACGCGAAAAGGAUUGGGUUAGACGUUAACAAUUCCAGCGCCUCGAAUAUCUAUCAUUUUGGUCACUCAGCUGACCCAAUAUUCACUGGAAAUUGCGUCGGAGUUUCCACCUGCUACAUUUGGGGGUUCGCGAUGGAAACAAAAUGCCAUUUGGGAAAAUCGUGCCUGUACGACACAAGAAGCCGGUUAGGUUGGAGUCCCAACAUAAAACACCAUUCAUUAUUAACAUUUAUCGAAAAAGUUAUAAAGGAAUGGUCGUCCAUUACGGGAGGCGAGGAAGAAGUCGCGCAAUGUCAAAGCGAGACGGGAUGCACUGAUUGCGCUCACUGGCAGUUUGAAUAA